CUUUCAAUGCGAAGUCACUGGAACAUCAUCAUCAUCAAUUUAACAACCAACACCCUCUUUAUUAUUAUCUAAAAAAAGAGAGAAAUUAGCUACUGCAUAAUUCCCUACUUUCUUCCUAUAAAUUUAUAACCAAUUCUGUAAUUUCAUAUUCUUUUUUUUCUGUUUUAUUUGUUUCGAUUUGGAUUUUCACCCAUGGCUAUACAAGAGGAUAAUUCAAUAAUUCAUCAAAAGUCGGCGCCGCCGUCAGCUCCGACGCCGGUGGAGUUUAAAGGGGCAAAUUCCGGGUCAUUAUUGCAUACUGUAUUGGCGUUGGUCUUAUGGCUUGGCUCCGUCCAUUUCAACUUCUUAAUACUUAUUGCUUCCUUUAUUUUUCUUCCUUUCUCUAAAACAGUCGUAGUUAUAGGAAUAUUGCUUAUACUUAUUCUCAUUCCGAUUGAUGAGAAAAAUAAUUUUGGGCGAAGAUUAGCUAGGUACAUCUGUAAGCAUGCUUGUGGCUAUUUUCCGGUCCAUUUGUAUGUAGAGGAUAUCAAAGCAUUUGAUCCUAAUGAGGCUUACGUUUUUGGGUAUGAACCACAUUCUGUUUGGCCUAUUGGGGCGGUUGCCCUUGCUGAUCUUACAGGUUUCAUGCCUCUCCCAAAAAUCAAAGUGCUUGCGAGUACUGCUGUGUUCUAUACACCUUUCUUGCGGCAUAUCUGGACAUGGUUAGGACUUGCACCAAUAACAAGGAAAAAUUUUAAAUCCCUCUUGGCAUCUGGUUACAGCUGCAUCAUAGUGCCAGGUGGAGUUCAAGAGACAUUCUAUAUGAAACACGGUUCAGAGAUUGCCUACCUUCAAAGAAGAAAAGGAUUUGUACGAAUUGCCAUAGAGACGGGCAAACCACUGGUUCCAGUUUUCUGUUUCGGUCAGACUGAUAUCUAUAAAUGGUGGAAGCCAAGCGGAAAACUGUACUUGGAAUUCUCUAGGCUCAUUAAGUUCACUCCAAUUCUUUUUUGGGGUGUGCUGGGCUCUCCGGUACCAUUUCAACGACCCAUGCAUGUUGUAGUUGGUAGGCCAAUUAUGCUGGAGAAAAAUCCAGAGCCAACCGUUGAAGAGGUUUCUGAAGUGCAUAGUCGAUUUAUUGAAGCAAUGCAAGAACUAUUUGAAAGGCACAAAAAGAGGGUUGGUUAUGAAGAUCUACCACUGAGAGUUGUUUAAUGUUUAUAUGAUAACUCUGCAUUAAUAUGUAUCUAAAUCUUCUGGUUGUAUUACUGCUUUUAUUCAUUAUCUUUUCUUGUUUCCUCCAUCUUCUUAUGUGCAUCUAAUUCUAGUCAUGGAGAGAAAAGCAGUAUGAAAAGAAAGAAAUAAAUGAUUAUGAAAUUUGCAGUCACUAAUAUGCUUGGAUAUGAAGAGAGAGACAGUUUGUAUCUUACAAAUUAAUUUAUCUACCAUAUUAUAUUUGUUGAA